AUGAAUACCGAUCAACCGAUUUUUAUGAGAUCAGAGAAAUCUAUCGAUACUGAUAGUUUUAGUAAAAAAAAAGCCACUGACGAUUAUAAUACAAUUCCACAUGAAGCUACUUGUCGUAUUUGUAAAGAUGAAGGUUCAUUUGAAAAUCCAUUAUUUCAUCCAUGCAAAUGUAAAGGUUCAAUUAAAUAUAUUCAUGAAUCUUGUUUAAAAGAAUGGGUAGCUUCAAAAAGUGUAAAUAUUAACAUUCCUGGUGCUACAAUAAAUUGUGAUAUUUGUCAUCAUCCAAUGCAAUUUAAAACAAUUUAUGCCGACAAUAUGCCAGAAAAAAUUCCAAUACUUUUAUUAUUGAAAAGAAGCCUUAUGUUGUUUUUACAACAAAUUAAAAUAUCUGUUUUGAUGGCAUUUGGUGUUUUAUUAUUUAUUGUUGGUUUACCAUUAUCAUGGAACUUUUUUGGUAAACUAUUAACUUUUUUAUUAGAUGGUGAAUUGCCAUUUGAAGGUCAAUUGUGGCAUUCAUUAUUAAUCGGUUAUGUUAAUUAUGAAGAAUUUCCUGAAAAGAUAACCUUAACUAAUUUUCAUGAUUAUUUGUUUCAAAUAUUGAAAAGUAUUAAAUUUUCAGCUUUACAAAUUGUAUUAGUUAUGAUAAUUCAUAUUGCAUUAUAUUUUCAGUAUGAUAUGAUAGUAAGAGAAAAUGUAUUUAGUAAAAUGGUUUUCCAUAAAAUUGGACCACAAUAUUCAAAAGAUGAAUUAUUUAAAAAACAACUGAAAGAAAGAUUCCCAUUAAUGGAUGAUGAAACCAUUGAACAUGCUGUGCAAUUGAUGAGGUUAAGAAAUGAUAGAGAAGAACAAGAAAAAAUUAGACAAGGCAAUGAAGCAGCACAGGCUGAAAUUGAUGAGGAGAAUAGAAUGAACAACAAUAAUGAUAGAGAUAAUUUCCAACGAGAUGAACAGGAAAACGAUGAUGAUAAUGACGAUGAGUUGGAUUCAGAUUAUGUAGAUGAUGGCGAAGAAAUAAAUUCAGAUGUGCAUUCUUCUGACACUGAUAUCAGUGAUGAAAAUGAUGAGGUUAACGAAGCUGACGAAGUCAAUGACAUCGAUGAGUUUAUGGGUUAUGAGGAACCGUUUCAUGAGAGAUUAAUGAACCGUCGUGCCCAACAUAGAUUUAAUAACCUACUAGAUGAACAUCUUGAACGUAGGAAUAACAGAGUUGAAAAUGAGGAUGAUGUUUUUGUGGUGGAAAGACCAGAAGAAGUACGUCAAGCACAAGGGGAAGCAAACUUAGAUGAUGAAUCAAACAUUCCUGCUCCACAUAAUAAUCAUGAUAAUAACAAUAACAAUAACAAUAAUGGUAUAGUUCCACCUGUUGUCGAACUACCACAACCACAGGAUGCUCCUGUUGUAAUUGAUAUAAAUGAAGAGGAUAAUUUAAAUGCUCCAUUGCUAAUAAACAUUAAAUUUAAUAUAUAUAAUAUUUUAGUUUAUUUUGUUAUUGGCUUUGUUACAACUUUUGCAUAUCUAGGGGUUUCUUAUUUCAUUCCUUCAGUUGUUGGAUUCAUUUUAAUAAGAUUGUAUUUAGCAAUUGCUCACAUUUUAAUUCUAGGUGCUACCAGUUUAAUGAACGUUUGUAAAGUACCAGCCUUCCAUGAGUAUCUAUUAACAAAUUUUUCUUAUUUCAACAUUUUGAAUGAAUGGAUUAGCAUUAAGCUGCUACAAGUUUAUUAUCAAUACUAUCAUGGCUUUAGAACUGGAAGCAUGCCUCACUCAGUAAUUGUUCGUUCCAUUCCAGCGUUAACAACUUACUUGACUGUUAUUUGUAUUACAUGCGCGCUUCCUAAUAUUAUUUCCAGAGGCUACAGUACCGAAAAUGGUAUGAAAAAUUCGACAAAACGUUUGCUAUUCCAAAUAUUUUUUGCAAUUAAGUGUACUUUCAAAGUAUUUACCUUAUUUUUCAUCGAGAUUGUCGGUUUCCCAAUUUCUGCUGGUUUAAUGUUAGAUAUAUCAUUGCUCUGUCCGUUAUUUGGACAACAAGAUACAUGGGUCGUAGUACCAAAAUUGAUUCGUUAUUGGCAAAUAUUAUUAUUAUUUGUUUAUUGGUGUGUCGGUACAUUAUAUAUGUAUUGGUUCGCUAAAUAUAUUGGCAUGAUUCGCCAUCAUAUCAUUAGACCUGGCGUUUUAUUUUUUAUAAGAUCCCCUGAUGAUCCAAAUAUUAAAAUAUUACAUGACUCACUGAUUCAUCCAAUGUCUAUCCAACUUUCAAGAUUAUGCUUAUCCAUAUUUAUUUAUGCAUUAUUCAUUAUUGUUGGGUUUGGUUUCCAUGAAAGAUUUUUGUUUCCAUUAGUGUUAAAUUCUAGACUAAUUAGUGCUAGAAGCGACUUAACUGAUCACCCUAUGGAAGUAGCACUUAUUAUUAUAUUCUCUUUGCUAGCUAAGAGAAUAGUCGAAUCGAAGAUCGCCGUUAAGCAUUAUGUUAGAAAAUAUUGGGAAAAGGUAUUCGAAAUUAGUUCCUCCAAAUUACGCUUAACUUCUUUCAUUAUUGGAAAAGACGCACCAACAGAAAGAGGCUAUAUUGUUUAUAGAAAUAUCUUUUAUAAGAUAUUUAUGUCAGGAAAGGCCAAGUGGUCGAACCCUGACUUAUUUAGCAAUCCAAAAACAUUGCAACAAGCUCAAACAUUAUUUAUGGAAAAUAAAACUAUCCAUGCUUACUUUGUUCCUGAUGGUUCAUUAAUUCGUGUUCCAUCUUCUGAUAUUAUUUCUAGAAAUUAUGUUCAAACCCUUUUUGUUCCAGUAACUAAAAAUGAUAAAUUAAUAAUGCCAUUGGAUUUGAAUAGAAUAGUCGAAAGAAACAAGAAAAAUGCUGGAGAAUUUGGCUACCUUGACGAGCAAUCAACUGAAUUUGAUGAAUACACAAUUGUUUACGUUCCACCGAAUUUUACAUCAAGAUACAUAACUUUGAUUUUCAUGUUAUGGAUUUUUGCAUCAAUUUUAUUAAUCAUGUCAGCUGUUACAAGUGAGCUAGCAUUAUAUAUCAUUCUGAAAUUGGCUAUUCUACCUUUUUCGAAGUUAUCAUUUAUGAAGAACAGUUAUAUUAUUGAGUUCUUGAAUUAUCAUUUUAUCUGGGAUUAUUCUGAAUUAAAUUUGAUGUAUGUAACAAUCGGUGCAAUAAUUCUGUCAGUUCUCGUGGAUAAAUAUUAUCUUUACGAUCUUUACAAAACUAAACUGCAGGAACAUAUAAUUCCAAUAGAAAAUGAAGAGGAUGAUGUUGCCAGACAGAACGAGGUAAAUCAACAACUGGCAAAUGACAUUGAAUUUAACUUUUUUGACUUUAGUGAAACAAUCAAUGCUGUAAUCGAAUCCUUUUUAUUUAAAUAUUUAGCAUUUUCAUGCUUUACUCUGGUUACCGCUGCUAUUGAAUAUAAAUCUAUAGAAUUCAUUUACAAGCAGUUGAUUAUAAAUGGGUUUAACUAUUUGCUUAUCAAUCAACCUAAUUUGGUUUAUUCACUAUUUGGUAGAUUUAUGGAAAUUAAACACAUAUCAGAUGAUUCCAUCCAAAAUAAUGUAUAUUUGCUAUAUGCAAUGAGAACUCAUUCAGCUAUCAUCACCGGGAGAGGUAUCAGAUUAUUCCUCUUAGUCAAAGAUAGACCAUUUAGGUCGAUGAUGUCAGCUUUAUUUAGUGAAUUGAAGGCAAACUUAGGUAUUACCAUUCAUUGCACUAUUCCAAUAAUUUUGUUGUGGCUUAAUGUCAGUACCGUUGAAUAUUAUUUGCAUCCUGAAAACUAUGCCUCUUUUACUGCAGUCUUCAUGUUUUUAUGGCAUUUGAGACUAUCUCCAAACAUCUCUUCUGAAUGGACAGUGAUACAGCAUGCAUGCUUUAUUGUUCCUAUUUUAAUAAUUCUUUUUUACACUAUUUGGAAAACAAUUUCUCACUCGCGUAAGUGGCUUGGAACAGCCGUACAGAACGUUAAAGAUGAAAUAUACGCAAGAGGAAGAUUAUUAGAAAACUUUGAUCAGAAUUAG